GCCAGGUGACGCGGGCGGCACGGCCAGGUACUGGGGGAACGCCCGCCGGCGCGUCCUGCGCGGGGCUCGGAGCCGGAGCGGCCGGCCCACACCCCGCCUGCCCGGGCGCCCACCUGGCCCGCACCUGGCCCGCACCUGGCCGCCCCCUGGCGGGCGGGGCGCGCCGCCUCCCACCGAGCCGCACAGGAAGUGGGGGGCGGGGCCGGGGAGGGACCGAGGGCCGGGGCCCUGCGCGGCCGCCCGGCCGGGGCGCGGAACCUGGAAGCGGACAGGCCGCACCUCGGCCGCUGCACCGGGCUGCCCUCCGCCUGCGGUCCAGGCCCCUGUGACCGCUCAGCAUGUCUCAGCGGCACUCUGACAGCUCCUUGGAACAGAAGCUCCUGGAAUGCCGCUUCCACUCAGAACUACAGCUCGAUGCCCAGGGGAACCCAGCACCCAGCCUCCGGAUGGCCCGAGGCUCCCUGCAGCUUAGGGGCGAUGCCGCCACCCAGCUGGACACCCUGGCGCCCCCGCCUCCAGCCCCUGAGGGUGAGGAGACAAGGGCCGUGGUCCUGAGUACGCACAGCCCUGUGGCCCUCAGGAUGGGCACUCAGCAGCUGAUCCCUCGGAGCCUGGCCAUGACCAGCAAGACCAAGACCCCAGCCCGCCACCAGAGCUUCGGAGCAGCCAUGCUCAGCAAGGAGGCCUCCCGGCGGGACCCCCAGCUCUUCCCGACCACCAGCUUCUCCCUGGACGACAUGGCCGUGGACACGGGCUCCGGUGCAAUGCUGAGGCGGAACCUGAGGAACCAGUCCUACAGGGCGGCCAUGAGGGGCGCAGGGCCGCCAGGAGGCGAGGGGGGCUCCAUUCAGCUCAGCCCCAGGCUCCAGGCUCUAGCCGAGGAGCCCAGCCAACCACCUCGGCACCCCACCAGAAAUAAGAGAACGCUGGGGCGGAAACGUGCACACAAGGGUUCAUUCAAGGAUGACCCCCGGUUCUACCAGGAGGUCCGGGAGCGUGGCCUGAACACCAGCCACGAGUCUGACGACGACCUGCUCGAUGAGCCGUCUGGUCCCGAAGGAGCCCAGAAGGUGGGCGGCCCCAUCGUGGUCAGGAGCUACCGGCCCCCACAGGUGACCUGGAGCCGGCUGCCGGAGGUGGUAGAGUCGGGCAUCCUGGACAAGCUGCCCGCUGAGGAGCGCAAGAGACAGGAGGCCAUUUUCGAGAUCCUCACAUCCGAGUUCUCCUACCAGCAUAGCCUGGGCAUCCUGGUGGCCCAGUUUCUGCAGGCCCAAGAGCUGCGGGCCACCAUGACGCAGACAGAGCACCACCACCUCUUCUCCAACAUCCUGGAUGUCCUGGGCGCCAGUCAGAGGUUCUUCGAGGACCUGGAGCAGCGGCACAAGGCACAGGUGUGCGUGGAUGACAUCAGCGACAUCCUGGAGGAGCACGCGGAGAAGCACUUCCACCCCUACGUGGCCUACUGCUCCAACGAGGUCUACCAGCAGCGCGCCCUGCAGAGGCUGACAAGCAGCAAUUCCGCCUUCCGCGAGGCCCUGAGAGAGAUCGAGAAGCGGCCCGCAUGCAGGGGGCUGCCUAUGAUCUCCUUCCUGAUCCUCCCCAUGCAGAGGGUGACCCGGCUGCCCCUCCUGACCGACACGCUGUGCCUCAAGACCCAGGGCCAACCUGAGAGGUACAAGGCUGCCAGCCGUGCACUCAAGGCCAUGAGCAAGCUGGUGAGACAGUGCAAUGAGGGGGCCCACAGGAUGGAGCGCACGGAGCAGAUGUAUACGCUGCACACACAGCUGGACUUCAGCAAGGUCAAGUCCCUCCCGCUGAUCUCUGCCUCCCGCUGGCUGCUGAAGCGUGGGGAGCUUUCUGUGGCAGAAGAAACCGGGCUUUUCCGAAAACUCGCCAGCCGGCCAACAUGCUACCUGUUCCUGUUCAAUGACGUCCUGGUGGUCACCAGGAAGAAGAGUGAGGACAGCUUCGUGGUCCAGGACUACGCCCAGGUGGAUGACGUCCAGGUCCAGAAGGUGGAGCCCUCGGAGACCAACCUGCCAGGGGGCGGCAACCGCAGCUCCUCCGUGCCGUACCUGUUCCAGGUGGUCCUGCUGCGCAACAGCGAGGGCCGCCAGGAGAAGAUCCUGCUGUCUGCCGACUCCGCGAGUGACCGUGCCCGGUGGGUCAUGGCGCUCACCCACGGGGAGCGGCAGAGGCAAGGCCCCCCCAGCAAAGAAGACCUGCUGCAGGUGGAGAUCACCAGGGCCUACUUGGCCAAGGAGGCGGACGAGGUCACACUGCAGCAGGCUGACGUGGUGCUGAUCCUGGGGCGGGCGGACGGACCCUACCCUCACCUGCCCCACGUCUGGGUCCAGGUUGGUUCUACGGCGAGAGGCUGAGGGAUGGAGAGACAGGAUGGUUCCCCGAGGACUUUGCCCAGCACAUCACCAGCCCUGUGGCUGUGGAGGACAACAUGCGCAGGAUGGAGCGGCUGCGCAUGGAGACAGAUGUGUAGCCCGUUGUGCCCGCACCUCACGAGGCCAGGCAGCUGCAGCCCCGCUCCAGCGAGCGGCCGUGCCAGACGGCAGGGAGCACGUGGGCCUGUCCCAGAAGCCGGGAUGGGCCCUCAGCUCCCCAAGGACCCGUGGGUGCUGCUGAGGACAUUCCCAGGGGGAGGGUCACACUGCCCCCGCCCCCGGGGUGUCCUCCGGCUCUCGGAGCCACGUGGGCCCCACGGAUCCUCACCCCACCCUCCUAUCCCCCAGUGGGCAGAGGACCAGCUCUCCCUGUGCCCCUCCUGUCCCACUGCCCCACGUGGGCCAAGGAGAGCUGUGAAUGCCCAGGGCUGGACACUUAGCCAGAGCUGGGCGAGCUACAGGGAUGUGACCCUGCUGUAAAAUCGGCACUCUUCUUCCAGAGACAGUAAAGAGUGUCUUUAAUUCCUGCAUCUCCACAGCCAAUCUGAGCUAAAGGGAAGGCACGCGAGUCCCCAGAACUUCCCAAGGUGCCACGUGUGGCCACCUGUGCCAGGUCCCGGGCUUGUCCGGCCCAUCCAUGCUCACCUGUGCUCACCCUUGACCCUGUCCCAUCGGUCCUCUGGAGCAUCGCGGGCAAGGCCAGUGGGUCUCCAUGCCUGUCCCCACUCACUCCCUUGCAGAGCUAAGUCUGACCGGUGGGUCCAGGGGCUCGAGGACACAGCAGAGCCUUGGGGGUCGCUCUGGGGUGUCCCUCCUAGCCUGUCUGCCCCCAGGCUGGAAUGUGCACAUGGGGUGCAGCAGGCUGCCUCUAAGCUGGCUGGCUGACCUAGGCGGGCCAUGUCCCGCUUCCCCGGGGAGGGUGUCGGUGUGCCUGGGUGGUGGCUGUUGGCUGCUGGGCCAGGCACCCAGACUGGGAGGCCCCUGGCAGCCCUCCUAUUCCCGUGCCCACUCCAGUGCCCGUCAGCUGGGUUGGUGCUGUCCUUGGGGGGUGGGGGGCUACCAUCAUUCUCCUGAGAAUCCGCCUGUGUCCCACUGGGGCUCUGCUUUUGGGUGGAUGAAAGCCAGGGCCCGGCUCCGACCUGCUGGCAUAAGUGGUGACUGGGGGGGCCCCUGCUGCCCCUCCCGGCCCAGGCGGCUGCAGGGUGGGCAGGAGGAGGGACUGGGCAGGGCAGCACCGAGUGAGGAGGCUGCUCUUUGCAUCAGGUGUGGAGGCGGUGCACACCGGCAAGGGCAGCACCUACCACUGGCCUCCACGGUGCCUCCCAGGCCUGAGGCGGCAGGAAGGGCGUCCUGGGCGGGGGCUCCCCAGGACCGGGGGAGGGGCAGACCGGGGCUCAGGGAAAGGCUGGUCUGGGGGCCAGGUCACAGGGCCAUACAGGGCCUCGGCCGUCCCACUCGUGACCUGGGUUAGCAGAGCUUUUCCUGGAGCUGCUGUGGGGCAGGCUGGUGACCGAGGCCGUGUGCCCACCUGCAAGUAUGCAAACACGCGUGUAUGUGUGUGCACACAUGCGUCAGGCAGGAGCCCGUGGGCCGCAGCCCUGGGAAGCCCAGCCGCCCUAGCCCACCUGCUCGUCCCUGGUGCUGGCCCUGAGCUCCCUGGGGGAGAGGCAGGCUGGCCCCCGCGUCCCUGCCCUGUAACGGGGAUCUUCAGUUCAGGGAGCAAAGUGGGUUUGGAAGUCCUGGGUUUUGCGACCUGCAGGGGCUUCGUGACCUGGGGAAUUUCCAUCUGCAAAGCGGCUGAAGGCCCUGUACCCCUAGGCAAGGAGUAGGGCGCUCUUAUGGGCGAAGGGGCCGGCCUGCCGGGGCUGUCUUGGGGCAGGGGUGCGCCUGGGGAGGACCAGGCCAGGCCAGCUCCGGGUAAGACACCACAGUGGAACCAGGAAGCAAGGCGUGAGGAGCCCAGGGGCUGUGGGCAGGAGGCGGGGGCCACACAGGCCCCUCCGAGGCGCCUCUGCUCCGCCUGGGGUCCGCCCUGAGGGGUGCUGGGCCCCUCAGCAGGAGGGUCUGACCUGCCCUCUUGCAGAGCUGGUCCUCUUGGGAAUCAUGGGGGCCUUCCAGGGUCACUUCCUGGGAGGCACACCCCAACCCCACCAGCCCCGUUCACAGGGUCCCGUGAAGACAGCCGCACCUGCCGUGCCGCAGAGGGUCUCAGGCAGCAGGCCUACGCCGAUGGAGCCCAGCCCUUCCUGUUGGAGGUGGGGACACGGCUUGCAGGAGGCUGUGGAGUCGCAGCCCAGCCCGUUCCCCACAGCUGCCCUGGGCAGGGAGGCCGAGGCAUGGGGUGGGUCCAGGUCUACCCCUGUGCCCGCCACUUGGCAUGCCUCAGCGCCCAGCCCCAAGCAGGCAGUGGGCAGUCCCCUCCUGCCCUCGUGUUCACGGGAGCAGAGGCCAGGCGUGUGCCGUCACACAACUGGACAGCCCCCCCUCAGUCAGUUGGGGACAUCGGGGUGGAGUCCAGCGCAUUGCUGCACGACCUGGGGAUGCCCAGUGUUAACCUCUGCCCCACGGCCACCCUGCUGUGUGUGCUGCGUGUCCUCAGACCUCUCAAUGUCCUUUUAGGGACACGUGAUUUGCAUAAAGGGCAUGUGCUCCUGUGACUUGUUCUCGC